AUGAUACAGUUCCGAUGCAAAAUAUGGCCGACAUCGUUCGAUGGGAGGCGAUACGGAUUCAGACCACCAUUUCCGGUUCCGAUACCCGUUCCCUUGAUAUUUGGCGCACCUUUUGCUCCGGGCAUCGGAGUGCCAUUUGGUGGUCCAGCGCUUUCAAGGGCUCCAUUGGGUGGUGUAGGGGCUCCAUUGGGUGGUAUAGGAGCUCCAUUGGGUGGUAAAGGGGCUCCAUUGGGUGGUGUAGGGGCUCCAUUGGGUGGUGUAGGGGCUCCAUUGGGUGGUGGAGUGCCUGCGGUUGCAGCACCUGUCGGAGGAGCCGUUGGUGCUCCCGUUGCAGCAGCAACCCCUGCAGUUGCUGCUUCUGUUGGACCGGUAGCAACUCCUGCAAUUGCAGGAUCAACUGGUGGCGCAGUAGCUGGAAGUACACAAGGUCAAACUGUUGCUAAAGACAGUGUAUGUUACAACAUAAAUGACACCACUUAUCCGUCAUUUUCAACAUAUUGUUGCGUGCUACCUCAAACAACUUACGCAUUACCAAAUUGGUUUUCCAAGACGAACGUGGAAGUUCAUCUUGUUUUUAUGGGGGGAGGUGUUAUAGCACAUAUUAAAGACGUGCCAUAA